AGCCAAACUCUCAUGUGUUUGCCGGGCCAAGUUUCACAUGCGAGUACAUGCCGACUCCGCCUCUGCACUGGAGAGGAAGGAUCUCCGCCCACCGGAGUUCAGAACACGUUAGCCGAUGUCUGUGAGAAUACUUCGAGAAAGGAGAGUACUAUUCGCCACUACUCGUAGUAUUUGAUAAAGUUGAGAGGGCGGGGUUGAAUAACUAAAAGCGGAUAAACGGACCGGCUUCAUUCAGCAGGUUGAAUCAGACGGAGUUCUAGCUGUACUGGACGACUUUCGACUGGUAGCUAAUUGCAGAACGAUGGAUACUCACAAGCCGAUCCGGAGGACCGGCACCGCUCGACGAAGCAUAUUCGGCCCAGUCGACAGAGAGCAGCUGCAGAUGGAGUACCAAGCCGCCCUGCGGAGCGACCUGGAGGACGCUUGCCAUCGAUGGGGCUACGACUUCCUUUUGGAUAAGCCUCUGGAGAACAGUCAUCUCCAGUGGGAGGGCCUCCCAGACACCACGGUGCCACGGUUCUACAGAUCCUGUAGCCUUGGUCUGGGACAUGCCGAAGGUCAGAGGGCAGCAGAGGCAGCGGUUAAACCCAAGGAAGGAGGAAGGGUCGGGCUGCCACAGAGGGAGAGGGAGACCAGCCCAUGUUCGCCAGAGAGAUGUCCAGCCAGCCAGGAGGACCUGGAGAAGACACCAGGAGAGAACACAGGGCUGAAGAGGAGGCAGACCAACCUUACAGAUUUUUAUCAGGCUAAAAGAAGAGUCGUUGGGAUGCCACGCAAGUCCGGCGAAUGAUAAGGUGCCACUACACCAAGAGAACCACACCAACAGGGCUUCUCUCAGGAAGUCCUCUGCACCGUCACUCACCAGGAGGUCUUGGACUCAGAACCACCUGAAACACAAUGGACCUCAGCGAUACAUUAUUUAAAAAUGUAACUAUACGGCUAAUUAGGGUUCUGUAUUUACUCAGAGGGCGGUUGGUGCUCUUCCCAGUGGUAAGAAGGGGACAUUCGAGCACAGGAGAUUACCGGUAAUCUCUCAAAUCAGUGGAUUUAUACUCAUUUGCAUCACAGGGAUGCCAAAGUGCUGUCGGACCUUUCCUCCGGAACAUUCCACAGUGCUGCUUCGUAGAGACUCUACCUCCAGCAGUACGGAGGAAUGAUGGAGGAGCACAUUGCUGUCUACACUUGAAACGGAUGUGAUGUUGGUUGUAAUCAUGAAUGAGUUGCUGUGACAAAUCUGCAGAUUUAUAGAAAAUGGUCGAGAACGGAUGAAGCUCUUUGGCUCUUUUGUUCAAAUCCACUAUUGCUUUUUUUACAGUGUUUUUUUUCUUUUUGUGAAUCAUGAGGACGAGGAUUUAUUUUCUGUGUGUAAUACUUAAUAUAUUUGGAUGGGGAGUCUGGUUUUUUUCUACCAUCAUGUACUCGUAGGAAAAAGCUUGAAGAGUUUUCAUAUCCUGUGCAUGCGGUUGCUUUGCUCUAGAUUAUUAUUGACCGAAGUGCCAUCAUGUCUCACAUUCCUUCCAUCUGCUGCCUGUCGAUUGAUUUUCAAAGCAGAUCUCCAUAAGUGCACGGCCUGGAUUCUGACAUGAGUCCAGCUCCAGAGACUGAAGGUUAGGAGCGUAGCAACACUUCUAUGGGACACUUAACACUUUAUUUAUGUUGAUUUAUAUAUCAAAACAAAUAUAUAUAUAUAUCGGAGAUGUAUAUAUAUAUAUAUAUCGGAGAUGUGUAUAUAUAGAGUCCAAUACAGCACUGUUAAGUAGCAUAUUGAGUCAAAAGCAUUGCAGUAUUGUAUCAAGGGCCUCUGCUGUAUUUGUUUGGGUAUUUGAAGCUCCAUAAAGGACAAUCAGAAGCACAUGUGUAUCAAUCAUAAGCUAAAGUGCUCUAUUCUCUUUUUAUCUGGAAGCAUAGUGCAAUUCUAACAGACAAUGUGUUAUUAUCUGCCUCAAUUUUUUUGUUUGUGUUCUUGACACUUAUUUAUGUUGGUAAAUGCUGCUGUGGCGUCACGUCACUGUGACUCACCAACAGACGGCUUGGACAUGUUGACCGCUGCAAAGACGGAGCUGAGCGAAUAACAGCAUGACCCCAAUCAAUGCACUUCUGUUUUAGAUGUUUGUCCAUAGGUCCUACAUAUUGUUUUAUAUUAAAAGAUACAAAUUAAAAGAUAUAUCUUUAUUUAUUGAGAGAUGUCAUGCCUUGUGUUAAUUUGUUUAAUUAUUAUGACAAUUCCAAUAAAAUGUUCAAAUGAAA